CCUGUCCUUCUUUCUCCGAAUGUGACGAUUGACAGGGCAGGCAGGGGUGGGGAGAGUGGUAUAUAAGAGAAGGCAUAAGCAUCCAGCCGAGCUUACCUGCCCACAUACUGUACAUACUGUGCAUGUACAUACCCAGCCAACUGAACCCCCCCCUCCAAGAGAGCGCAACCAAGAACCCCCAUCACCAUGCCCCAAGACCAAGCCCAAGACCCCCACCCACCCCAACACACCGACCUCGACCUCGACGCCCUCGUCGUCGGCACAGGCUUCGCCGGCAUCUACGCCCUGCACGCGCUCCUCCAAGACGGGCUGCGCGUGGCGGCGAUCGACAAGGCGGGCGACGUCGGCGGCACCUGGUACUGGAACCGGUACCCGGGGGCGCUGAGCGACACGUGGAGCUAUCUGUACCGGUACAGCUUCGACGCGGCGCUGCUGCGCGCGUACCCGGCGCCGAACCGGUACUCGACGCAGCCGGAGGUGCUGGCGUACCUGCGGCAUGUGGUGGCGCGGUACGAUCUGCGGCGGCACAUGCGGUUUGAGACGGCGAUGGAGGGGGCGGAGUGGGACGAUGCUGCCAAGCGGUGGAGGGUGAGGUGUCGGGGCCGGUGUCGAGACAUCGGGACGAAGCAAGGUGACAGUGAAAAGGAGGGGGAGGUGCACUACACCUACACGGUGCGGUAUCUCGUGACGGCGCUGGGGCUGCUGACCGAGCCCGUGCUGCCGGACAUCCCCGGGCUGAAGGAGGGAGCCUUCCAGGGCCAGGUCGUGCACACGGCGGCCUGGGACCCGGCCGUCUCGGUGGCGGGGAAGCGCGUGGGCGUGAUCGGGGUCGGCUCGUCCGGGGUGCAGGUGGUGACGGCGAUCGCGGACCGGGUGGCCUCGCUGCACGUCUUCAUCCGGCGGGCGCAGUACAGCGUGCCGGCCAACGACCGGCCGGUGAGCGCGGCGGAGCGCGCGGCCAUCAACGCGGCGUACCCGGCGCUGUGGGCGGAGGUGCGCGCGUCGCACCUGGGGAUGGGGUUCGCGGAGUCGUCCCGCAAAUUCAUGGCCGUGAGCCCGGCGGACCGCGAGCGGAUCCUCGAGGCGUCGUGGCGCGAGGGCAACGGGCUGCAGCUCCUGUUCGGCGGGUUCAGCGACCUGACCACCGACGCGGCCGCCAACGAGGAGGUGUGUCGGUUCCUGCGCCGCAAGAUCCGCGCCGCGGUGCACGACCCGCGCACCGCCGCCGUGCUGCUGCCCCGCGAGCCCUUCGCGCGCCGCCCGCUCAGCGACGCCGGCUACUACGAGACGUUCAACCGCGACCACGUGCACGCCGUGGACGUGAUGGCGCACCCGAUCACGCAGGUCGAGGCGCGGGGCCUCCGCACCGCGGACGGCACGCUCUACGAGCUGGACAUCCUCGUCGUCGCGACGGGCUUCGACGCCCUGGACGGCAGCUACGCGCGCGUCGAGAUCCGCGGCCGCGACCCGGCCGAGGACCUGAACGCGCGGUGGCGGCGCUCCGGGUCCGAGUGCUAUCUCGGCUGCGCCGUGUCCGGCUUCCCCAACCUGCUGAUCGUCUCCGGGCCCAUGGCCGCGUUCGCCAACGUGCCGCCGCUCACCGAGACCAACGUGGACUUCCUGCGGGAUCUGAUCCGCCGUGCCGAGGAGAUCACCCGGCAGAGCGGGAAGCCGUGCGAGAUUGAGGCCACGCAUGAGGCCGAGAGGUGGUGGACGGACCAUUGCGAUCUCACCGCGCGCAAGACCCUCUUCGCCCAGACGCCCUCGUGGAUGUUCGGGGCCAAUGUCCCGGGGAAACGGCCGGCCAGUCGGUUGUAUUUCGGUGGGCUGGGCCCGUUUCGCGCGAAGUUGGCCGAGAUCAAGGCGAGGGGGUUCCUGGGGUUUGAGGAGCCGUUGGGGACCGGGGGGACGUUGCGGUCGCAUCUUUAGUGGUGGUGGUGGUGGUGGUGGUCGUCGUCGUCGUCGUGAUCGGGCAUGGAAUCGGGAUAGAGCCUUGCUUACACCUCAGAAGUGUUCGCACGUAUAUCGACAUGAACGUUUCAAACCACUCCAAAGGCUAAUGCCUAACAGCUAUCUACCUGUAUCCAAGUGGGAGAUAAGGCAGACUUCAGCCAUCCUGCCCUCCCCUGCCGUCUGCAUUGACAGCCUAGAACCACCCAGAAACCCUAAGUAGAUAUCCUCAAUCUCCAGAGCAGACCAGCCUCUUUCUGCUGGCAGAGGUGAUUUGUUUUUCAAGGAGGUCUUCCGG